AUGUGGUAUUCUUUAUUGGGUGCCUUGGCCUUAGCCACACUAGGCUCGGCCUGUUCUCCUAGUGUGACCACUGUGAGCGGUACACACGCCCCUGUUACCGUCUGCUCCGGAGCCUUGAUAUUUGCGGACGAUUUUGAUGAGUUCGAUCUUGAGAAAUGGCAGCAUGAAAACACUUUAGCCGGUGGUGGUAACUGGGAGUUCCAGUACUACAGCAACAAUCGCACAAACUCGUUUACUCAUAGUGGACGACUAUUCAUUCGUCCAUCACUCACCGAAGACCAGUUCGGAAGCGCUUUUCUCUCAAGUGGCCACUUAAAUGUUGAAGGAGGAGCACCUGCUGACAGAUGUACAAAUCCACAAUUUUAUGGCUGCGAGCGCGUGGGAACUCGAACGCAUAUAUUGAAUCCUAUAAAGAGCGCUCGUAUCCGUACCGUAAACUCCUUUAGUUUCCGUUAUGGACGUGUUGAAGUCCGCGCAAAGAUGCCCGCUGGUGAUUGGCUGUGGCCAGCAAUUUGGCUCAUGCCUGCUUACAAUGUAUACGGCACAUGGCCGUCUUCUGGUGAAAUAGACCUGGUCGAAUCCCGCGGUAAUAAGAACAUGUUGUUAAAUGGUGCGAACAUCGGUACACAGGAGGCUGGCUCUACCCUACAUUACGGGCCCUACCCCGAACUGAACGGUUGGGAAAGAGCUCAUUGGAUUAGGAGAAAUAGUAGAGGCUACGAUAGUGACUUCCACCGCUACCAACUUGAAUGGACACCAGAUUUUUUAAGAUUCAGCAUUGAUGAUGUGGAACUAGGACGCGUUACUCCGGGUAAUGGUGGAUUCUGGGAACAUGGCGGUUUUAACAGGAACCCUAAUAUACUUAACCCUUGGCGAUAUGGGUCUAAGAUGGCGCCGUUUGAUCAAAAGUUUUAUCUCAUCAUAAAUUUGGCUGUAGGCGGAACUAACGGCUUUUUCCCUGAUGGAGUAACAAAUCCUACACCUAAGCCAUGGUGGAACGGCUCUCCAUCGGCCGCGACUGACUUCUGGAAUGGUAAGAACUCCUGGCUGCCGACUUGGAACCUAAACCAAAACGAUGGACAAGCCGCCUCUCUACAAGUCGACUAUGUACGCGUAUGGGCUUUG